AUGACUCCUUCACUCUUAUUCCAUUUUUUCAUCUUCUUCAUUGUCUUUACUUUAAAAGCCUUUUCUACAUCUUCAAUCUCCUACUCCGAACAUUGUCAUUCUUAUGCACCCGAAGCCACUCCUACUAAUAGAAUCCUCACGGGAUUCUCGUUACUAGAACGUAUAACUAGCAAUUACACAGGCGGUCAAAACAUUCUUGAUCAAGAUCCCCAAUGGCGACGGUCCAUCUUCUUUCAAGCCACGCAUAACAUAUUCAAGACAAACGUUGUUGACACAUACAAAAUGCAGGCCCGGUUAAGUUUCUUUCCAUCAUAUGCAGGUUAUCCCUCCAAUGUUACUGAUAUCAAGUCUAAUAAUACACGGAAAAUGUUAGUGUUUUAUCUAGAUGGGUUCUGGUCAGUGUCUACAAGUAAGCUUUGUAUGGUCGGAUCAGCUCGUGGGUCAACAAAAGAAGGUAAUCCACUUAAACUAAAUGUUGUUCUUAAGCUUAAAUUCGCUCAACGCAUAAAUUUGAAUAACAGUUUAGUGAGUGGAAUCUUGGAGAGUUUAGCUUCUCCUAAAGAUCUCGAUUACUUUGACCCAAUUUCGAUGAUGGGAUUUCCUCGAGUGGAUCCAUUUAGAUACAGCUAUACACUGCAAGAUUCAGUAGCUAAUAUGAAAUCUCUUGAUGUAUGCUUGAUUUUCGAGCAAAGAUUCACAACUUACAAGUUGGAGUAUUCAAGUAAUUGUAAAAAUUGUUCUUUAUUUGGUCAAGAUAAUGGCUACUUGCCUACUUUCAUGUCAUUGUACGGGAUUCAAUGUUCUCGGCAAAACAAUGAAAUUCGUUUUCUAGUAGAAUUUCAAGACAGAAGGUUUACUGCAUAUGAUCAAUCUUUCCGACCCGACAUAUCAUUAAUUGGAGAAGGAACUUGGAAUGGUAGAGAAGAUGAGUUAUGCAUUGUUGCUUGUCAUAUCUUGAACCAAAGUGAUCCUUUGGGCAGUGCCCAUGUUGGUGAUUGCUCCAUUAGGUUGACUUUGUGGUUCCCUGAUGUUCGGUCAAUCACGAAAACGCAUACCACCAAGGGUCAGAUUUGGACCACCAAAUUAACAGAUGAUUUGGGUUCGUUUAGAAUGGCUAAGUUUCAAAGCUUUGAUCAUAGCUAG